AUGGCACCGGCCCGUAGCCUCCGCUCCCGAGGAACGAUGAAUGAGAACGAUGAAAACGGACCCUCGACGCGUCUGACGCGGGCCAAGGCCGCUCUCGGCGAUGGGCCUGCCGAUGCAGUCAAGAAACCCAUGCAGCCCGUCAAGCGUGCCUUGUCCACAGCCAAUGGAAUUCCACGCCGCCGAGCCGCUCUGGGUGAUGUGAGCAAUACCAACAAGACUGAGGGGGCCGAGGCCAAGGAUGGCAAGAAGCCUGCUGCAGCCAAGGCCGGGUUGGCAUCCAAGGCUACCACUCAGGCUGGCGCCAUUCAAAAGGUUACGCGUACCAACUCCACACGACAAGGCCCCCUUAAGCCUCGCAGCGACAACAUCAGGAAGUCUCCCAAGAAGCGCAGCAACCAGAAGGUGAUCAAGGAGGAUAUCGUGUCGACCGAUGAGCCCCCUCUCAAACGCCACCACCCGAUUACCAAGUCUGGGGAUCAGGAGCAAAAUGUAUCAUUGAAGGAAGAGGAUGUCGUCGAGAAGGUUCAGCCUGUUGUUACUACCUCCAAGGUUGGGAAGCCUCAAGUGGCUGUCAACCAAGAAUGGGAAGAUCUGGAUAUUGAAGACAAGGAUGACCCCUUGAUGGCUGCUGAGUAUGUCGUCGAGAUUUUCGAUCACCUGCAAGAGCUUGAAAUCUUGACCAUGCCCAACCACCAAUACAUCGAUCACCAACCGGAUUUGGAGUGGAAGAUGCGUGGCAUUCUGGUCGAUUGGUUGAUUGAGGUCCACACUCGAUUCCGUCUGCUUCCCGAGACUUUGUUCCUUGCUGUCAACAUCAUUGACCGCUUCCUGUCUGCCGAAGUUGUCGCCCUAGAUCGUCUACAGCUUGUUGGUGUCACUGCUAUGUUCAUCGCCUCCAAGUAUGAGGAGGUCCUGUCUCCUCAUGUCGCCAACUUCAGCCAUGUCGCUGAUGAAACUUUCUCCGACAAGGAGAUCUUGGAUGCCGAACGCCAUGUCCUUGCCACCCUCGAUUACAACAUGAGCUUCCCCAACCCGAUGAACUUCCUGCGCCGUAUCUCCAAAGCCGAUAACUAUGAUAUCCAGACCCGCACUUUGGGCAAGUACCUCAUGGAGAUCAGCCUCCUCGACCACAGAUUUAUGUGCUACCCUCAAAGCCAGAUUGGCGCCGCUGCUAUGUACCUUGCACGUCUCAUCCUGGAGCGUGGAGACUGGGAUGCCACUCUUGCCCACUACGCCGGUUACACCGAAGAGGAAAUCGACCCUGUCUUCCGCUUGAUGAUCGACUAUCUCCACCGUCCUGUGUCCCAUGAAGCUUUCUUCAAGAAAUACGCUAGCAAGAAAUUCAUGAAGGCUUCCAUUCUGACCCGUCAAUGGGCCAAGAAGUAUCACCACUUGUACAUCGACAGCUCUCUCUCUGAGCCCUACACCUACAUCAAAGACACCGAACAGUAA